AUGACCGUGCCACAAGCUCCCCUGUCCAUCUCUCUCGAUGCCCCGCCAGUCGAGCAACUCGCCCAGCUCGCUCGCCUCAAGCGCCGUGUCGUCGGCACUCGGGCGGCAAAGCAGGCUGUCCUCAGCUCUGGCAUCGCAAACAGCCUCGUCGCCCUCCUCCAGCCUCGAGCCGGUCCCGACUUCGAGGGGUGUCUCGCGGUCAGCGCAGAAGCCGCCAACGUCCUCGCCGCAUUGUCUAUCCCGACCCUCGACGCCGUCGCGACCCUCUUCUCCGUCGACGCCCACCACGCCGUCUCGCUCUCGCUCCCGCACAUCCUCGCCCUUGUCCCAGCCUCGUCACCAUCACCCGCACAGCAAAAGGUCGUCGAGGCGCACCUGCGCGCGCUCAAGUCGCUCUUCUCCGACCUCGUGCGCGUCGUCGGGCCUCGCGAGUGGGGCACGGAGGUCAUGGGCGCCUCGAUCGACGCAGCCGAGCGCCGCGACGCCGAGAACCUGUGGGCCUACUCGCCGGGCGAGGACAAGCAGCCGCAGGGCCCUCGCCCGUGCGGCAAGGGCAAGGGCAAGGAGACGGACUCGAUGCAGGUCGACGCGUCGGGCGGACGCGCCCGGCUCGACGUGCAGCAGCUCCAGGCGGCAGCAGCUCGCGUCCUGUGCGACGUCUACGAGCCCGCGAGCGGGGACGAGGCGCCGCUCGCUGGCUCGUCCUCGGCGUCGUCCGGCUCGAGCGGCAAAGGCGCUCGCUCGGCGACGCUCGACGCGGUCCUCAGCCUCCUCGUUUGGAGCGCGCAGGAGGACCGACACGUGUUUCGCAUCGCCGAGCUCGUGUGCUCCUUCAUCGCGGGCACGGUGCGGUGGCCGAGCCAGCGAGCGGCGGUCGCGAACGACGAGCGCGGGACGGCUGUGCUCGAGGCGCUCCGGUCGUUGAUCGAGAAGGGCAGCGACAAGGUCCGCGAGAGCGCUCUGAGGGCGCUCGCCGUCCUCAUCCGCGACGUCCCGACCUUGGUCGUUUUCUUCAUCAACUACGCCGACGGCGACAGCCUGCAGAGCCGCUUGCACCCGUUGGCGCCGCUCGUCCAGUCGCCGAGCCCGACGAUCCGCCUCGCCGCCGCCACGGUCUGCUCGAUCAUCGCCAAGACGGUCCAUCCGCGGUCAUCGCUCCUCCCGGCCGAGUUCGGUUCGACUUUGGCGACCGCGCUGCUCGGCCUCAUCGAGAAGGAGCCGACCCUGCGCUCCCAGGCCGCUUUCGCCUUUGCUUAUCUCGUCGCCGACGACCUCGCCCUGCAGAAGCGCGCUGUGGCCGCUCGCUGCUUCCAGAUCUUCAACGAGGCGCUCAAGCGCCCAGCGAUCCUCGAGCACCCGUACCCGACGCCUGCUCUCGUCGAGGAAGACGCUCGACUACGCGAGGGCAUCCUCCUUAGCAUCGCCACCGUGGCCGCCCUGUCCGAGCCUCAUCGGCGUCUCGUUCUCGAUCAACGUCUCCUCGUCCAUAUCCUGUUCGGCCUGUCCUACCCGUCGGUCGGUGUGCGCGCCGCCGCGUGCCACUGCGUCCGCGCCCUCUCGCGCUCGGUCAACGUCCUGCGCACCGACCUCGUCGAGGCGCACGCCGAGGAGCAGCUCGUGCGGCUCCUGAGGGAGGACGAGAACGAAAUGGUCAAGAUCACGGCGGCGGCGGCGGUCGCCAACCUGCUCCUCGACUUUUCGCCGAUGCGGCCUGUUCUCGUCGACGCCGGCUGCAUCGCCCGCAUGUGCCAGCUCGUCGUCAAGUCGACCAACCCGGCGCUGCAGCUCAACGCCAUGUGGGCCCUCAAGAACGCGACGUACCAGAGCACGGCCGAGUUCAAGCGCGCCGUCCUCGUCGACCUGACCUGGGACCACCUCGCGACGCUCAUCGCCUCGCCCGACGCCUCGGUCGUCGAGCCGGCGCUCUCGAUCCUGCGCAACAUCACCUGCGUGACCAACAACGAGGCCAUCACCGGGCUCGGCGCGCACGAGAUGGGCGAGGAGCGUCUCCUCGGCCUCCUGCAGGACCGGAUCGCGGUCGGCGUCGCGGCGGGCGGGCGCAAGGGCGGCGAGAACUUGGUCGAGCAGGCACUCUUCUGCCUCAACAACAUCGCGACGGCGAGCGAGUCGGCGCAGCUGGCCAUCGCCUCGAGGACGACCCUCCUCCGCUACGUAUUCAGCUACCUCGACUCGCGCCUCAUCUCGCUCCGCGUCGCCGCCCUCUGGGUCCUGCACAACCUCGCCUACCGCGCCCGCCCGACCGCCUUCUCGCCUCACGCCGCCCGUCGACCGCACGAGAUUGUCGACAAGCUGCGCGCGAUGGGCCUCGACGCCAAGCUGCGCGUCCUCGAGCGCGACCCGGAGCUGGACGUGCGGGAGCGGGUGAGGGACCUCAAGGAGGCGCUCCUGUGA